GCGGGACAAAAGAGCAGCCACGACGACGACGACACCAUGGUGUCCUGUAUCAUUUCCCGAGUUGUUGUGUUGGUCUUUGGAAUGUUGUAUCCUGCUUAUUAUUCAUACAAAGCUGUAAAGACAAAAAACGUGAAGGAAUAUGUGCGGUGGAUGAUGUACUGGAUUGUGUUUGCACUUUACACUGUUACUGAAACAAUAGCAGACCUAAUGAUCUCUUGGUUUCCACUGUACUACGAACUGAAAAUUGCUUUUGUUAUUUGGCUGCUCUCUCCAUAUACUAGAGGGGCGAGUUUAAUUUAUAGGAAAUUUCUUCAUCCCCUUCUUUCUUCAAAAGAGAAGGAGAUUGAUGAAUAUAUUGUGCAAGCCAAAGAACGUGGCUAUGAAACUAUGGUUAAUUUUGGAAAACAAGGUUUAAAUUUAGCUGCUACUGCUGCAGUCACUGCAGCAGUAAAGAGCCAAGGAGCAAUAACUGAAAGGCUGCGGAGCUUUAGUAUGCAUGACUUAACAGCUAUUCAAGGUGACGAGCCAGUGGGACAAAGACACUAUCAAACUUUACCAGAGACCAGAAAGAGAGGCAAAAGCUCCACCAAUGAAUCCUUAGGCUUUGGUAUUCCAGUGAAAAAGGAUUCAGAAGAUGAAAAAACUGAUGAGGAAAAAGAGGGGACAUAUUCAGAAGAUGAGAUGUUUGCUCAAAGAGGUCUCAAGCGAACACAAAGUAUGAAAUCUGUAAAAACUAUCAAAGGCCGCAAAGAGGUGCGGUAUGGGUCGUUAAAAUAUAAAGUAAAGAGAAGACCACAAGUGUACUUCUAAAUUAUCUUGAUAAUUCAGCUUAAAACAAACUGCUGUGUGUGUUGCUUCUGCUACGGGU